AUGACCUCCAUCACCAACACAAAGAAGUACACGGUUGCCUUCAAGUUCUACGAGAUUGAUACUAUAGAAAAGAACCAAACCGCCGCUAGCAACAAUCAAUUCGAGCCCAUCCGACAGAAGUACGGCGACCGCCUUGUGGAAUGUGACGUGGACAAUUGGAGGCUCUUUAUUGUCAUAACCCAAUGUUUGGAUGCCGAUGGCAAACAACUCUACCAAGAGCUACUCAAUGUCUUGGAAAAAGCCAAGCUUUUUCAUCAAGGUGGCCGGUUCAAAGAACCUCUACUUUUCGAGUGGACUGUCUUGGAGAAGACGGCGGAGCGUUUGGAGGAAUCAUCAAAGCACAGAAGCGACACGCUGGAGUUGUUCCACAGCGUCCAACGCGAUCAGGCUACAGCUAAACAUACAACAGACAAAAUGAACCGGAUGGGCCACCACGUUUACGACAGAGACAUGGUAAUCAUCUUCUGGUUCCAUGCCCGACAGCCCAUGAACUCAGCGCAACGACGUCUUGCUCGCCGAGAUCGCGUAUUCGCCCCCCUUCGAGAUUAUUACGGCAGCACCCUCUUACCCAUCGUUUGGAGAGGAUCUGAGAUCUAUAUCACGAUACGCGACUGUGUAGCUGUCCGUGCAACACUCCCGGAACUGAUGUCGGUCUUGGAGCGGAUCCGCCUUUUUCAGUACUUUGAACUCUGUGGGAUAAUAGCUUUCGAUCAUAAUGACGGGGAGUUGACGGAGAAUAUGCGUUAUGAUAGGGAUGGGGUUGCGCUCUUGUUUCGCCUUGAUCGUGAACUGCGCAUGUACCGAGAGGUAAACCCUUUUAACUAUCAGAUAUCCGACUACGCAGCAGGAGUCCGAUGGCCAUAUCAAUCUUAG